UUUCUGGGAUAAAUUUCUACGACUUUUUUUUGUCAAGCGCUAAUGAUGCAAUAUUUGUAAUGCUGAGAUCAAGUUUGUUUUGGUUGACGAAAUGGCAGAAGGUGGAAAAAAGAAUUCAGAAGUUCCAAAUAAGGAGGUGGUGUUUUACUUUGUACAAAAAUUCAGAAGAAACAGGAGAAUCAUCUGGAAUUGGUCUGGAUUGUCCGUCAGAGCAUCAUGAGGACUCUGCAAAUGAAGCUUCUGGAUUUAAGAUGAUGGAUAUGUUAAAAGGACUGUUCUAUAGCAUUGGACAAGAAAGUGAUAAACCAGAACAGUUACUGGAGGAAGUGAAUUUUAAUGGAAUUUGUAAUUACAUUAAGAAAGAUAAAUGUAAAAAUAUAAUUGUUAUGGUUGGAGCUGGAAUUUCCACAUCUGCUGGAAUUCCAGAUUUUCGAAGUCCAAAAAGUGGUUUAUAUGCAAAUUUAAAAAAGUACAAUUUACCAACACCUGAAUGUAUGUUUGAUAUUGUCUUUUUCAGGGAAAAUCCUCAGCCAUUCUUCCAAUUAGCCAAAGAAUUAUAUCCAGGAAAAUUUAAGCCAACUCCUAGCCAUUAUUUUUUGAAGUUGCUUCAUGAUAAAGGAUUAUUAUUAAGAUUAUAUACUCAGAAUAUUGAUACAUUAGAAAGAGUAGCAGGUAUUCCUGAAGAGAAAUUAAUUGAAGCACAUGGAACUUUCUACACAUCUCAUUGUAUCAAUAAAAGUUGUCGUAAAGCUUAUUCUUUAGAAUGGAUGAAAGAGAAAAUCUUCUCAGAUGUUAUUCCCACCUGUUCUAAAUGUGAAAGCAUAGUAAAACCAGAUAUUGUUUUCUUUGGUGAACAUCUUCCAGAAAGAUUUUUUGAAUGUGUAGAAGAGGAUUUUCCAAUGUGUGAUCUUUUAAUCAUAAUUGGUACUUCUCUUACUGUUCAACCUUUUGCAAGUUUAGUUGAUAAUGUUUCACCAGCAACACCUCGUCUCUUAAUAAAUAAAGAAAAAUGUGGUCAAACAAAUUUUUUUGCUCAACUAGUGGGUCUUCACUCAGGAUUGAAUUUUGAUUCAGACAAAAAUUACAGAGAUGUUGUAUGGGAAGGAAAUUGUGAUGAUGGAUGCCAAAACUUAGCAGAUUCUUUAGGAUGGGGUGAUGAGUUAAGAGAGAUGAUUAGAGUUGAGCAUACACGUAUCGACGAGGAAUACGAAAAAAAUAAAAGCAAAGUACAAGAUGAUAAAUGAAUUUUUCAAA